ACUUUACACUCAUGGUGUGCUGCAGUACUGCUCCUCUUCUCUGAGAUUCCGUCCAGCCAGGAUUCAAGGAGGCUACGCAGCUCUCACACAGAUGGCAGACCUCCUCAGCACAUGUUGCGUUGGUCUGGCUGCUUUCAGAGACAUCGAGGUGUUCAGUCAUGAAUUUCUGCCAUCAGUAGUGGAAAGUCUUCUUUUUCUUGCAGAGCGUCUCAUGAACAGAGCUCUGAGGGACAAGGCACCUAGUGAGAUGAUUCGUUUGUUUAGAAAAGUCUUUGAUUCCAUCGGCUGGCUUCUCAGGGCUCACAGGCAUCUCAUUCAUCAUGUGCUGAGAUGUAAACAUUACGAGAGUGUUCAGAUCUGUGAGGAUGAUGACGUCUCCAUUGUUACUGUCACCUUGUGGAACGAUAUCUUCAGGACAAACAGUGCCGUCUUGGCUGAGAUGGGAAACAGGGCUCUGACCGACAUCAUGGAUGAUAUUGUGUAUAAAAUGUCCAGUAGCUCAAACCCUGUGAUUGGCAGAGCAGCAGUGAAGACUCUUGUUCUGAUUUUAGACCACAGCAGCUCUACCCAACAGCUCAUUCAGAGACGAUACAGAGGUUUGUCUGAUUUGGCUGAGAAGGACUGGCGUGGUAAAGGCUUUGACUCAGCUCUGGAUCAGCUUAUUGAUCACCUGCAAUUAGAUGUCCCAUGGAAGAACCUAAGGAGUCGUCUGAGGAGUGUGUGAGGGCAGCGUGUGUGAUUCAGGCAGCCUGGAGAGCUCAUCUGACCAGAAGAAGACUGAAGAAACUCCCCAGAGCCGUCAGCACUUUACAGCGCAGCUUCAGGGAAAAGCGGAGACAGCAGCAGGAACACACUGAGAGACGACGUGCAGAAGAGGAAUUACGCCAUCAAGUGUGUUUGAGAAGACAGAGAGCCAUGAGACUGUUCCGCCAACACCAGCUGCAUCUGAUGGAGAUUCUACCAGCCGGUCAGGUGCAGAGAUACCUGGGGGAGCUGGAGAACAAGGCAGCGCUGGUGAUUCAGAGAGUGUGGAGAGGACACAGAGAGAGACGCCACUUCCAGCAGCACAAACACAUCCUCAGACGGCACAGAGCUGCUAUCACGCUGCAGAGAGCCGUGAGUCAUUUUAGUUUUUCAUUUUCUUACAUUUCAUUUUUGUACCUAUAUUUUCAUGUGUGUACUGCAAACAGCAUUUCUGUGAGACUCAUCAUUUCAGAAAGGCUUGAAUAAACUCCACCACAAAUAUAUGAAAUAAACUUACUUAGUAUUUUUGACU